GUUCUGCCCGCUUCAAAAGGAAUAUCAUUCUCUAAAUGGGCAUACCCAUGGAGGACAUACAUACACCAUCUGUGGCUUCAGGCCCGUUAUCCAACGGCUACGCGAACGGCGUUUCGAAAGAUGAUAUGACUCUGAACGAAUUGAUGGCCGAGAAGGACAGGUUGGAGAAGGAGUUAAAGGCCUUAAGUGCGGUGCUAGAUUCUCACGGAGUCAACAUGAAUACCAGCCUAACGACUUUUGAUGGCUACCCUCGAGACGACAUAGAUGUACCGCAAAUCAGAACGACUAGAGCUCGUAUCAUACACCUCAAAAACGAUUAUAGAUCUAUAAUGUCACGUCUUGAGACGGCAAUCCAUGCACGUUUUGCGCAGAUAGGAUCACAGUCAAACAUAGAACCGCAGCCACCGUUAACGUCAGAUUCACCAAGACAGACCGAGACACGAGCAGACACGCCGUUUGCCAAGGUCAAUUCAGUCGUGGUGAACAGCCCAGCCGCAGAUGCUGGCUUGCAACCUGAGGACAAAGUGGCGCGAUUUGGUUCCGCCACGUGGUUGAAUCAUGAUAAGUUGGCAAAAGUUGCGCAGAUUGUUUCCCAGAGCGAGGGCAAGCCAAUACCUGUUACAAUCCUACGCGGCACACAAAUCCUUCAAUUAACAUUGACUCCGCGAUCGAAUUGGGGCGGCAGAGGCAUGCUUGGCUGCCAUCUUGUGCCCUUGUAAGCUGAUCAUACAAUGUUUUUUGCAAACAAAAAAGCUUGUUGCCAGCUCGUUCGUCUGUGACUGCAAGGUCUGUGCAGUGGAGGUGGUAUGUACUGUUUGGGAAGCGCAUUGAUCGAGGAAGAGAGUGGAAGAUGCUAGCUCCACGGAAAGCUCUGGUUCGCCCAUCAUGUCCAGGAGGCAACUAGCCAUCUUAGAUGAGCAUCGUCAAGGACAGGGAACAAGAAAUCCAUUCAUAUAUGAGCAAGGGGCGCAUCUAGUUGGAAUUUGGCUUUAAUGACCUACUUGCCUUGACUUAACCUACAUUGUUGUCCUCUACUCCAUGCAUUGAACUCGGAGCAUUAUGAAUGAGUUUCUAAUGCGUUGGAAUUAUGUAGGGAGUUAGGCCCGUGGACUAAUAUUUAUCAGUUCUUUUCAUUCCCUACCUCUAUUGAUAUAUUUCUCACAACGCCAUAUUUCGUGUCUCCCUGGAUCCUAAAUUAUGUUAAAUACAUUUGGUAAGAUGAAGGAGCAUCUUAAUUACUUUGAUAUUGUUGUCGUUAAU